CCAUGCUUUAUUUAGAGCGCCACCUUUCGGUGUCCUUCCUCGCACUGACCAGACGACGGCCAUGAAGACGACAGGAUCAAGCCUUUCCCGUCUUGCUGCUCUCCUCCUCGUCCUGGCCGCCGCAGCGGCGUCGCAGGAGACGGCCUGGGGCUUCGAGGAGGAGCUCAGGAAGGGGAGCCAGUACCAGAAUCCCAACCCCAACAUGGCGGGGAUCGACCCGUUCGCCGGUAUUCCGGGCGGUUUCGGUCCCGGAGGCGGCUUUUCGAUACCCGGAUGGGGCAGCGGCAUCAUCGGCGGGGGGUACGGUGGCGGGUUCGGCGGGCCCAAGGGCGGGUACUCGAAGAACGGCGUAUACCGCUCGGCGGUGACGUGCAACGUGCCCGGGCCGUGCUACAGGAAGAAGCUCGUCUGCCCGAAGAGCUGUUUCGGGUCGUACAGCAGGUCCGGUAAGGGGUACGGCGAAGGCGGUGGUGGCGGCGGAUGCAUCAUGGACUGCAAGAAGAAGUGUAUUGCCUACUGCUGAGGGGGGUUGCUCGGUUGCCUGGAAAUCGUUUGAUGUCUUUGGGGUUUUGCUGUGGAUGACUUCUCUCUCUCUCGCUCUCUUGCUCGCUCUCUGUUUCUCUUGUUACAUCUGGUGCGUAGCUCGUACUUUUGGUGGUUUUCCGGUCACCGACAUACUGCUUGGUGGUUUUGGUCGCGGCUUGACCGGUGGUAUUUAGGGUUUGUUCAACUGUGCUGUGAAGUACGGUUGUAUUGUAUGUGUUUCUGUAAGUCUUUCUCUGCGCUCUUCUUUGUGUCUCCGGAUAUGAGGAUAUGUUUAUAAAGAUACUAUUAAAAACGA